CCCCACCACACCACACUUCUCACCAAGUACAAAACUACCUUCUAUUCCCUUCCAAACUCUUUAGUCUUUUCUCUCUCACACACACACUUUAAUUCGUCCAUUUCUUUCUCCUCUCUAAAAAUGAAGAAAAUUUCAGUAAGUUUGUUUGUGGUAUUAUUGUUUACUUUUCUUGUUCUAUCGCACAUAGCAUCUGCUCGUGUCCUACAACCAAAAGUCGAACAAGGUAACCGAGAUUUGAAGAUUAAAGAUGCUGCUAAUCAUGAGGAUAUAUCCAAUUUGAUGGGAUUAGAUGAAAUUGAAGUAUGUGGGACUAAAGAAGGAGAAGAUUGCACCAACGAAAGGAAACUUCUUGCAGAGGCUCAUUUGGAUUAUAUCUACACCCAAAAACUUAACAAGCCUUAAUUAAUGGAUAUAUGGCUCAUAUUACAUAUUUCUUCCGUUAGACUUGUAACGAAGCUUUUUUUUUAAAGUAAACCUACACAAACGAGUUAACUAAAAUAAAUUAAACAGCAGUUUGAGGAGUUAUUGGAUUA